GGCGCCUCCAGCUCUUACUGAUGAAGCGACUUUCGUUGCUCACUUCUCGCACCAAUGAGGCAGAAACUCAUCGCUCUACAAAGUAAGACGGUGUCCAAUGGUUCAUACACACUUGCAGGAUAAUGGAUCCCUCAAGCGAGCGGAUUCAUGGUCUACUCGUCAGCGCUCCUGGGAUUUUGGCCUUUUCUGUUUGUUCUGUUUGUACUACUGUACCUCCAUCAUUGUCCUCAUUCCGAAGUCCUCUCACGAACAACUCGAACUCGAACCCACUGCCUUCCAGGUUUAUCCAUCAAACCACAACCACAACAGGACCUUCAUCCAGCAAAUAUGCGUCUCUUCAUUCUCCUCAUAACUUUUCUUUCGGCUGUAGCGGCUCUUACUCUCAACAAGAUUGAUGGCACUACGAUCGAGCUCGGUGAUGAGCCGGCGGUCGUUGAUCUCAGCAACGUGAUCAUGCCUGCGCGUGCGCCGGUUACUGAGUCCAGUGCCCACAACGCAAGAGACGCUACCGACGUUAACGUCGCAGAUUGGGAUCGUGGUUCAUUUCUACCAGCACACCAACUACAAAGGCAGUGUCGUGACGGCCUACCACUGCAGGGAUGGCAUGAACAGUUGCAUGACCUUGUUAAACACAAAAGACGAUCACUAUCGAGCCAUCCUCAAUUCGCUUCGACGUUUGCCCCGACGGUGCGCCUAACCAUGGGCGGAAGUUUUAUUGCUUCUUCUACAGUACUGGUCACUGUGAACCCACGGCUAGAUCCCUCUUCCUCCACGGCUCGGUUGGCAAUCUUGCGACCAAUCCUGCGACCAUUGGCUGCAACGACAAGAUCAAGUCUGUCGAUUGCUGCUGGGACCAAUUGUGAAUAUCAAGUAGGCAAGGCCAUUCGGCGAUAUGCACAUGGCGCAUCCGAUUCCGAUCUUUCUGAAUGCUAGUUGCUCCAGGUGUCUAUUCACAUGGCAGAUGGAGUAGUACUUAGCUAAGAUGUCAAACUGUGUAAGCCUUCAUCAUUAAAGAUGAAGAGAUGGAACUGAAUGACACUUCAAUCUUCUUCUAUAAUCAGAUCCCUAACGGCCGCACUACUUGGAGCUGCGUUGCACUUGGGCUUUUUCUUCCGUACCCAGGUUCUGUUGGUCUGUGUAGCUUUGUGGAAGAUGUGCAUAAGGUACUUCAAUAUACUUCCCAGGCCCCCUAGUACAAUGCGACAGUCACCAACCACCUCAAAUCGGAUCUUAGUCAGGUAGGUACAUUUUGCCGUAGAAAUUCCUCGAGGACUGAUGUGUCGGU